AUGCAGCCGACAGACGUUGACGGUGACAGUGUGGCUGGUACAAACUUUUGGGAGCCCCAUGAGUAUUCUCGUACCGUAAAGAGAUUGGAGAAUGCAAACAAACUUUGCUCAGAAUUCGCUCUAAUGAUUCAAGAACGGUCAGAGAUUGAGAGGGCCUACGCUUCCAACCUUCGAAAAUUUGCCUUUCGGUUAGAUUUGUUUCUUCGUUCUGGCCUUGAAUACGGAACUUGCUCUAAUAUCCUAUCAGGCCUUGCAAAAGAAGCCGAGGAUACCGCCGAAUUACAUUCCAAUUUCGCUACCAACUUGCUCAAUCCAGUUCAGUCUUCAAUUAAAAACUGGCAGAAGGAAAAUUUCCACAAAAGCUCUAUGUCAUCGUCACUCAAGGAAGUUAAAUCACUUGAUUCUGAUUUCGAAAAUGCGCAGAAGACAUGGUACAAACAUUACAAACAAGUCAACCGCUGUAAGAAGGAAUAUUUCCAUGCCUGCAAAAUUGUCCGGUCUCAACAAGUGCAAGUGCAAAACGCCAAAAAUGAGCCGUUUGGGACACCAGAGCAGGUAACUAGCCCCGUUUUCAAGCCCUACAGGCCAAAGAGAUUCCUCGGUCUGAGGAAAAUGGAAGAGAAGUUAAGAAAGGCCACUAGCGAGGAGGAGAAAACCCGUAGGGCCUACGAAGAAGCCGUCGCCGCUCUUCAGGAUGUCACUCCUCGCUACAUCGAUGAUAUGACCCAAGUGUUCAACAAGGCCCAGGCGUUUGAGAAGGAGAGGAUCAAUUUCUUCAAGCAGCAGGCAAUGCAAAUGCACGAUGUCCUCGACGUCUCGGCCAAGCCCAACCUCGCGCAAAUCUUCGUGGACCUGAAGAACACGAUCUCCAAGGUGGACGCUGACGCCGACCUCAAGAAGUGGUCUGUCACCCACGGCGUCGACACGCCCAUCAACUUCCCAUCUUUCGAGGAGUACAGUCCGGAGUUGUGCGCGCUGGCGGGCAGCAAGAAGAAGAAGUCGGGGCUCGCGGACGGCAACAUCGGGGUCACUUUGACGGGAGUUAAGUCGAUCACCUCGCCAGAUCACCAGCCCGCCGGAACGCCUCACCCAGGCUCCAACGAGAGCUCUCCAACUCGAACUGCGGGAUUUCCAGUACGUGCUUUCCACAACACCCCUCCGCCCCCCCCCACUCACCAGGUACCCAAGAAACGCGAUUUAUCCCAAACGGAAGAACGUCAGAGUCUUAAGGCAGCAGUGGAAGUCGUUGGUGGGCAGGGUGAAGACCCUUGCACCCAGACCUCCCUCAAAGACGUCGGCACAGAGGUCAGUUUAUCGCACACCGGAUGCAGCACGGAGAUGCCUCCAGCUAGCGACGUUGAUUCUGGCCUUGAUGCGCCAAUCAAUACGCACCCCACUGAGCACACGAGCUCCGAUUGGUGCGCCGAUGCACACUCUGACAUUGAUCUAGACAACGGCGAUGGCGGUCAGGCGGAACGCGUGCUGAUGACUAGCGCCUCGGUCGGCGUGGAGAAGGAUCACAUCGUGGAGGUCGCUGGUCGCCGCAAACGCAGUCCCAGUAGCAUCCAGUCUGGCGAGGAGUCGCCGACAGGGCACCCUGAGGAACCACAAAAAAUGUCUGCUUAUGCUAAUAACCCUUCGUCAAUCAACGGCAUCGCCGCCACUGCCGCAGCACCUGCCGACGUCCCACCCUACCCCGACUUAAUCGAUGACGGAAGACCUGGUGUGCCAAUCCGCGCUCUCUACGACUACACUGGCGUGGAAGCCGACGAGUUGUCCUUCAACACCGGUCAGUUUUGCGCUUUCUGUUCCAAUGGGAUUUCGUGUGACUUGACUAAACCAUCCAAUCAUCUUCUUCCCCGUCAAGGUGACCUCUUCGAGAAGUUGGAAGACGAGGAUGAACAGGGAUGGUGCAAAGGACGAAAGGACGGCCGCGUUGGCCUCUAUCCGGCCAACUACGUGGAGGUUGUUAGAUGA